AUGAAUCUAUAUCACAGAGUGGAAUCGUCGCCGACUCUGUCUCAAGAAGAAAUUACAGCUGCAAUUAUGUGUAGAGCUGCCAAUGUCGCUCGAUACUACUGCGAUAAUCGCGCGGGUAAUCACAGACAUCAGCCCAAUCAAUAUUGGGACGCAUGUGAUAAGCAUCCGAACCCGGCACUUCGAAACCUACGCUACCUAGAAACACUGCAGGAACCGCCGUGUUCUGGUACUCUUAAUUCCCCUUUGCUAGAAGAUAGCCACAUUACCCAUCUACUCGCACUGGUAUUUGCAGUUAGCAAGGACUGUCCUCUCGCUACGGGCGCCCCGAACGCAAGAGAGAACAUUUUCGACAACGUCGAACGAUAUUCCCAGUAUCUCAAUGAGAGACCACGGCUAGACCAGAAAUAUACAGGCUAUGGAAACCAUCCAAGACAUCCGAUACGUCCAGACUCUUUGGAUCCGCAGAAAGCUGACGUGGUCGGUUACGCAUCCGACCUUCAGAAUCUGGAAGGAAUUUGGAUCCCGGAGGACAUUAACCUCGAGCGGAGACGAGCCCCUAUAAGAAUCGAUGUGAUGAACCGCCUUGUAUAUCAACUUUUUCGUGCAAAGAUUGAUUAUCAAGAGGCGUGGGUGUGUACGCAUCGUCGUUUGCCUGCAGAACUUUAG